UAUAUAAAUCGUUCCUGCUCCUCAAAUUCCAUAACAAAACAACACUUGAGUUAGCGAAAUACAAAGUAACUCAAUUCUUCCACAGUUUUAUUAAUUUUAUAGCCAAAACAUUCGAAAAUGUCGAUCAUCCCAAGCUUGUUUGGUGGCCGAAGGAGCAGCGUCUUCGACCCAUUUUCCUUAGACGUUUGGGACCCAUUCAGAGACUUCCCCAUUUCGUCUUCCUCUGAUGUUUCAAGGGAGACUUCUGCGUUGGUAAACGCCCGUGUGGAUUGGAAGGAAACGCCAGAAGCUCAUGUGUUCAAGGCGGAUCUUCCUGGGAUCAAGAAGGAAGAAGUGAAGGUGGAGGUGGAAGACGGAAACUUCUUACAAAUCACCGGUGAGAGGAACGUGGAGAAAGAAGAUAAGAAUGAUAAAUGGCAUCGGGUUGAGCGAAGCAGCGGCAAAUUCACAAGGAGGUUCAGGUUGCCGGAGAAUGCUAAAAUGGAACAGGUGAAGGCGGCCAUGGAAAAUGGAGUGCUUACAAUUACAGUGCCAAAAGAAGAAGUGAAGAAGCCUGAUGUCAAGUCUAUUGAAAUCUCCGGUUAAUUUUCUUUUAUGAACUUCAAUCAUGUUGUCAUCAUCAAGCGUUUAUGUGUGAUAUUCUAGCGCUCUUUUGUAUUUCUCGUUGCAAUUUCUACCAUAACUUGUAUGCUUUUGAUGAUGAUUGAUGAAUAAAAUGUUUGUUAGCUUCUAAAUU